UAAUGAAUAAAAGGCUCCAUUUAUUAUGGCGCCUGCGAGUGUUCGUUCCGUUUCCACUUCUUUUACACACAGCGACGGAGAAUGAGACAGACCCAAUACCCAACUUGACCCUUUUUCUUUUUCCAGAGAGAAAAAAAAUUCCGGCGAAUCUCCGGCAACGACGGCGGCGGUGUUUCAUUGAGCUCCGUUAAUGGCGUGGGUCAAAUCACUUCACUGCAAAUCCAGAGCCUUCCAAGACGUUUAUCAUCCAACCCCUAAAAAUCUAAUCCCCAGCGCCAGUUGCCGGAAGAGCGUUCAGAGCCUCAAAGACGUCGUCGAAACCACCAAAUCCAAGAAAAAGAACCCAAAUCACUCGCCGCCAGAGAAAAAACCGGUUCCCAAAAACCCGAGACUCUCGAAAUCGGAACCCGGUUUGAGCCCCUGCAUCCGGCCGAGAACGAGCGUUUCGUCUCGUCCGAUAAUUAGGGCCGACGAUCUUAUCUUUCCGGCGCUUUCGGAGUUGCCGGAGGGGCACCAUUCCCGGAGCGUGGUUGAGAUAAUCUUCCACACUAGCUGGAGCCCCAAGGCGUUUACGGGUCGGAUCGAGAUGAUUUUCAAGGUCCAGAAUGGGUCCAAGACGGUGGCUCGGUUUGAAGAGUAUCGCGAAAUGGUCAAAGAUAAAGCGGCGAUGGGAUGUCCCGCCGACGAGGAGAAUGCCCGUUGCGUUGCUGAUGGGAACGAGGUAAUGAGGUUUCAUUGCAUGGGUCCGACAUCCGACUGCGCAAAAUACGAUGGAUACGGCGGCGCGUGGAGCUUCCCUGGAGUGAAAGGGUCGUCGUCGGUAGCAGCAAUUUGUACUUUCGCCGGAAGCGGAGUGGCCCACGAGAACGGUGGGGGAGGGAGAGGGAGAAGGGCGAUGUUGGUAUGUCGGGUAAUCGCCGGUCGGGUGUCAAAACAAGUGAUGAAACCCGACCCGUUUAUGGAAGACGGAGUUGGAGUCGACUCAGUGAGUGGGGAUAACGGCGAGUUAUUGGUGUUGGACUCGCGUGCGGUUCUCCCUUGUUUUCUCAUCAUUUACAAAUUGUAAAAAUAUAUAUUUUUUUUAAAAUGCAAAAACAUUAUUAUAAUUUUUUUUUUUAAUAUUUUGGGGUUUUUUUUUAGGUGAAAUGGUAAUAUUUUGAAUUUCAUCUUUGAUUAUGUAGCAUUUAUCCACACAAUUUUUCUC